GACCCUUCCCAAAAUUAACCGUAAAUCACUGGGUGAGUCCUAUUGGCUGCCCUACAACAUUCAAUUAGGCAGUACAUUAGGGCAACAACAGUAACUGUUGGCAGACAAGAACGUUUGGGGAAUAUUCCGAAAUUUAGCACGCAGCACUUAAGGACAUGUGGUCACAGCAGCCCUUCAUAAUUGUGCCAUUCAACGCCGGCUGGGAGAACGCGCUGGAAGCGCAAAGACAUUUCGAAACGCGACUUGGAACUGGCAUGUUCCCGUGGUGCCUCGUACCCUUAAGUCAAUGUACCAACCACUUGCAGUCUCACACCAAACAGGUGCCAGCCCAAAUCGUGUCCAAUGAAGAGGCCAAGAAGAUUAUUUUGGAAAGAUCGGUGUUUGACUUGGUGAAAAACACUCAGUUUCUGGAACUGACUGACUCCAAGUUACUGGGCUGGUAUUUACGUCUUCCGGCCGAAGACAGGAAACUUAUACAAGAUGAGGGGGGGCUCCUGCAGUUUCUUCAGAAGCACCCUGCCCUCGAUGUGAUCAGGAACUUUGUGUGCGUGAAACGACCAUCUUUGGAAGAGGGCACACAGCCUUUGUCGUCAGCAAUGUCCACAGACCUGAACAAGUCCAGGAGACCCACGUACUACGGCGUGACACUGUGUAAGAACUGCGGCAUCAGCAUCCCCUGCAGUGCCAAGACCUGCCGACUCUGCUGCCUGCCCACCAAAAUGCCAGAGGAGAAACUAUGCCUGUCAGCCCAAGUGAAGGGGCGGGGUCUGCUCCCGGCCGGACUGAAGGAGGAGCUGACUCUCCCCGGAGAAGGCCCUGCGGACGGGUCUCUGAGCACGCUGGCGGAGGAGAGCUUCCGGUCGGCCUGCGACAGCGCGGCGGAGGGGCCUCCCGCCCAGCAGGGGGCGCACGGCUCCCCGGCCCACAUCCUCAGCCAGCUGUGGGAAGAGGAGGUGGAGAGCGGGGGCGGGACCGUCACCGUGUACAAAGACCCGUCUGCGCAGGCCAGCUUCGCCCUGGACGCCCAGCUGGAGCAGCACGGCAAGACGCCGCAGGGCAUUGUGGGUAGCCACCGGGCGGAGAGCACCGGCCUCGAGGCGGAGACGCUUCCCGAGUACUGCAGCUUCGACACCUCGUACGAGGACUGCAGCGACACCAGCCAAUCGGGAGGCUCGUCCCGCAGCGGGUCGGACCCGGCCGAGCGGGGCGUGGCUGCGGACUCCGCCCCCGGCCGCGGCGGGUACGAGGAGUGGUCGCGCGGGGAACGCGCGGACGGGUUCGGGCCGCGGGAGGACUCCCGGUUCGGCCGGCGGAGCGACGAGUUCCACAGCGUGAUGGAGGACGCGCCUCUGGAGGCCAGGGGUGCCACACGGGUCAGUACUUGGACCGCCGCGCUUCCGGGCUUGGAGGCGGGGCCCCAGCCGGGCUCUCGAGGAGCGGACCGGACCGGGCCCGAGCGCGCCUCGGAGCCGACGUCGCUGGACGGCAGCAUGGCGGUGCUGUACGACAGCCGCUCCGUGGCCGAGAGCCCCCAGGUGACCGUGAGCCAGGCGGUGGACGUCAGCGGAGACUUCCGGGCCAGCUACACCUCCACGCGGGCGACCGAGGCCCGCUGGCACGUGUCCGCCAGGUCCUGCAACACCGACCCGCCGCACGGCACCAAAAACGCCGGCGUGAACACGGGCCGCCCGCUCUCCGCCCGAGACCGGGGCUCCCAGACCACCUCGGCCCCCACCGCCGAGAAGUGCGUCGUCACCGAGCUCCGCAUGGCUGACCUGGACUUCUUCACUCAGGAAUUCAUAAAAUUGCAGCACGCCCAAGAAGAGCUGAAGGAGGAGCUGAAGGCCAAGUUUGCGUGCGGCGCUGGGCGGGCCGCGGCGGGCGCUGGCGGCGGGAAAGGCGGCGCGUGCGGCUGCCUCUCUUCCCAGAGGGCCGUGCGGGCGGAGCUCCGCCUCCUGGCUCUGCAGCGCGCUAUGUGCCAGCAGCACUGCUGGAGGCACUACUACACCUCGCCCGAGGGGGACGGCAGCAUCCUCAGCAUGGAAGCUCCCUCUGAGAACAUAAGUAGCGUUCUUCAGCACCUGGAGGAAGACUACGGUGAGAUGAAGAGGAAGAUCUUGUCAGGUGUGCCGCUGGACGAGCUCCGCCCCCUGACGGUGAACUCCCAGAAGAUUAACUCUGAGGCCAUGUACAUCCCCUCAGAGAUCAUUAAGGAUCAUCUGUCUGAAGAGGAAGCUCCUGGGGCUGAGCAGGGGGGGGCCCAGCAGGUGCCUCCCCAGGACGGAGGAGAGCAAGAGGGAGAGGGAGAAAGUGGAGGUGCUCCUUCAGACAGGAGAACUGAAUCUGUACAGACAGAGCAGAGCGAGGCCCCCCCAGAGGUGCAGCCCAGAGCGGGGGGCUGUAAGAGCAGAGGAGAGGACGCCCCCCUCCCUCAGCAGACCCUCCCCCCCGUGGGCCCCUCGGGCCCCCACCCCGUCACGCUCCCGGGCACACACAGACCCGGGGGCUCCAAAGACCCCGACUCGAGUGAGGCGUGGUACGAUGCGGAGGAGGAGUUUGGGCCUGUCCCUAAAGGUCAGAAGAGGUCCCAGGAAGAGGGGGCGGAGGAAGGGAGUGAUGGAACAGUCAACAGGGGGAAGAAGCAUCUGAAUUGCUUCCUGUGUGUGACAGGCCUCCCCAGUGAUGUCACAGAGGAUGAAGUGCGGUCUUGCUUCAGAAAGUAUCAAGUGUCUGAAGUCAGCAUUACCACUUUCAGCAAAGGUUUCAGGGUGGCGAUGAUGACGAUUGGCUGCCCGGAGCUGGCCGAGGUGGCGGUGCGAGAGGUGAACGGACGCACCUUCUGGGGGAGCGUCGUCAAGGUUACCAGAGUCUGUCGGCCCGGCAACCCGCUGCCAAAGCAACCGGGGGGGAGGGCCCAGUCGAACCGGGCGGGGCGAGUGGGGAACACCCAGGGCCCCAAAACCUCCAAGAGCAGCACGUCCGUCACCGUGAAGCCCCUGCAGCAGCGCCUGGAGAAGCUGACGAACGUGCAGGCCAGGCCCACGGCGUCGGGCACCUGCGUGCCGCAGCACUACGGCACCAUGGGAAGCUUCGACACGCUGAUGGCGCGUCUGACGCAGCGCCACCCGGAGGCCGGGAGGGAGCGCAUCGUGCAGGCGCUGGUGCGGCUCCGGGAGCAGAACCAGGGCCUCAGCGGCCUGCCGCUCAAGGCCAUCGUGGACAUGACCUCUGACCUCCUGACGCGCCCGCCCUCGCCGGAGGUGGCCUGAGCGUGCCGGCUCAGCGGACAGGUUUCACCCUUUAAGGCGCAGGUGUCAAACUCCAGUCCUGGAGGGCCGCAGUGUCUGCUGGUUUUCGGGUUGUUCUCGGAACCUGUGGUGCAUUUAAGUCAUUGACUGGCUGAAGAAUCGACACUCCUUGUUCUGGAGGCCUUGAUUGGCUGCUGAUUGAAAGGAAACCAGCAGAUACUGCGGCCCCUUAGGGAUUCAGUUUGACACCCCUGCUUUAAGGUGUGAGGUCACGUGUGUGAGGUCACGUGUGUGCGGCUAGAAUGUCCUCAACUGAGCGCUAACGGACGAGUGAACAAACAUUCCAAACGUACUCUUCAAAGGGUACUUUUUUUUCUUUCUUUUUUUUCAUUUAUAAAGAGACCAGUUAUGGGGGGCGGGGGGCAUGUCAUUUACUGUGUAUGAAGGAGCAGAUGCAUAAAUAUGAAGGGAAAAUACAUGGCUUUGUGUUUGUGUGUUUUGGGGUCGUAUUACAUUCCGUAACACAGGAAUUGCUUAGUCAUCGGUGUUGAGUGAUUUAAAAUUCUCAUGUGCCCCCCCCCCUCCCUCCUUCCCCUCAUGUCUUGAAUUGAAGGGACAUAAGCAAAUGUUAAAUGUACAAGGUACAAAGCUGGUUGUUGUUUGUAUUUGGAAAUGUUGGUUGUCUCAAAAACAAACAAUUGUUUUUGAAAGGAUAAAUGUAAUUAGUUUGUUUUGUUUUUUUCUCCAAGUUAAAUUUGUAUUUCCUGUAAAGCGUUAUUGAAAUCCUCAGAGGUUGCGUUCCUGGACUGGCGGCUUGUGUUUGGAAGAAAAGCCAGUCUGUCUCGUUUCGUUGUUAUUCCUAAACAGUAAUGCUGUUGUUUUCCGUUCUGAAUCAGGAAUAUCCCACCCUCCGCUUUCAGUCAGUCUUGGAAAUCAAAAUAUAUAUAUUUUGGAGGCUCACUCAUAACUUGGUCAGCGUAGGCACACAGUGACCAGAAUGUGUUGC